AUGCUUGUUUUAACCGAGUUAUCUCAAUCGCAAGCGAUUACGAAUUCAGCUGAGGUUCAAUUGAAUGGUGAAGAAGUUUUGGUACUAUCUCAGGGCAAUGAGGUACGCAUUUAUACACUUGAAGUUAAUACCUUCAAGCUUCGAGGCGUCAAGAGUCUCCCAUACAGAGUGUUAUCAUGGGCUAAGAUUAUUUUUCAACAUGAAUGCUAUAUCCUAUUCAUAGAUGCCGCUCAUAAGCUUUACAUUUUCAAUAUUUCUCAAGGCAUGCUUUUGCACAAGAUGAGCGAGAUGAAGGUGGUUUUGCUUUGUACUUUAUCGAGUAAAGGACAACAGCUAUCGGCUAAUCUUGAGAAGCCAAUAUUCGUUCCCCAAAGGCUAGUUGAUCCAGAAUAUGUUCUUCUUCAUCUUUUCUAUUCAAACAUACAAGUUAUCUCGAUUACAGCUGUUAUAGAGGAAAUGCAAAAGGGAACUGCGGUCCUUUCUUCUGCCGUUGAAGUUAUUUCCGCACCAAUCGGAAGUGUUGAUAUAGUACAGAUUGUUUCCUUGGAUGAUGCCUCUAAAGGGACAGAAAAGGAUACAGCUAUAAGGACAGAAGAGCACACAUCUACAAGGACAGAAGAGCACACAUCUACAAGGACAGAAGAGCACGCAUCUACAAGGAAACGACGUUAUCGUCAUCGUCAUUAUGAUGAUGAUACAACAAACACGGAAUUUGCGAUUCUAUACAAAGAUUUCCUCUCCAACUUCAGCAUCAGGUUUGUCAGUUUUGAUUUCUAUACGGGUCAGUUUUCAAUCACAAGGCAAUUUGCACAAUUUGAUGAAGAGCCAUCUCUCAUCGUCCCAUGGUCUUUCAAAGCCGGCGGAGGGUUCUUAGCAUUCACAAGCUCAAGUCUUUUCUACUUUCCCUCAACCGCAAUCAAACAUAUGUCAUUGGCCAGGAACUUGAAGGAUGUGUGUAUCAUCUCCAACAAAUCCAAAGAUUUACGCUUGAUCAUGACAUUGAACAAACCGGGCAGGGGCAAGUCCCGAGCAGUUUACAAGUCAUUCGAAGUUAUUGACAAUUCUCGUAUUUUAUUAGUUACAGAAAUGGGGAAAUGCUAUAUGUUUUACGCAGAUAUUGAAAAAUCAACUAGCAAUGCACUCGUGGUAAAUCAGUUAAAUUUGAUAGAUAUAGGAGACCUAACAGUACCCAUGGCUGGAUCUUUACACCAUGUCAAAAAUAAUUUAUUUUUUCAAGCUUCAAGAGUAUCUAAAUCUGUUUUGUUUGAGAUUUUUCCAACGAGGCCGAAUAUCAAUAUCCUUGGCGUUAUUAAUUCAAGUCCUCCAGUAAUAGAUAUAUCAAGGAGGUCAACUCGCCGCAAUUUUUAUACAUGUCAAGGUGGCUGGGAUGGUAGCGAAUUACGGCGAUAUUCUGAUGACUCGCGAGGUGGUGGUGAGUACAAUAUCGUCAACUCUGCUACCCAAGACACCAAUUUUUUCUUAAUUCUGGCUGGAUUCGACAAUGGAAAGUAUUUGUAUGAAAAUCUUGAUAUUGCAGGAAGCUCAAAGUUUCUUGCGAUUGACAAAGACCUGCUACAAGUAGAGCUUCUACCAGACGAGGCAGAUAACUUAUUAGAAAAGGUUGUUGAUAAUGGACGUGAGAUUCUAAUAACAAAACAAAACUUUCAAAUAGACAAGCAGGUAUUGCUCGAAAAGGCCAUAUUAUUUGGGCAUAUAAUUAGGGAGAGCGAACUUGCAAUUAUGGUCACAGAUGAUGGUAGAAUUUACUUUUGUGAGUAUCUGAUAGAUGGGCGUUUUGAGUACACUAUAGAAGCUAACAAAGAGGGACUAGAGGAAAAAGAGGAAAAAGAGGAAGUGACAUGUGUGGAUAUAUGUAAAGUGGGCCACCGCAAAUACUGGAUCAUUGCAGGAUUUUUAUCAGGCAAAUCGAAUGUUUGGUUGUUUAGUAACGAAGCAAUGAAAAUGGUUCAUAAUGAAGGAUUAGAAGCUGGUUCAAGAUCUGUGUUUGCGGCUGCCAUAUUUACUAAUCUUGAUAACCAAUCUGCCAGAAUAUAUGCAUUUUUGCUGUAUACCAACAAAGAGGUGCAACAACUCACUAUAGAAAGACAAGGAGAAAAAUGUCCCAAGUUGUUUAGUAUGGGCUCGACCGUUUUACACUCCAUGGAACCCUACCAUAUAAAACGACGUGGAUCUGAGGUGGUGAUGUUCAACUCACACGACAUUAUUGUUCCUAGGAUGAUUGAAAAUUUGAAUAUAUAUGGAUUCACAAGGGUGCCAAAGUCAAACGUGACAGAAAUAGUGUUUACAGGAGCAAAUACGGGUAAAUCAAAGGUGGAGGAAGUUUUGGUUACGUUCAGUUAUGGCCUUGCUGAACGGGCACAACUCGAGUUUGGCACAAGAACUCAUUUUAGAGAACUCAAUGUAUUAUAUUCCAACAAGUUGUUUACGAAAUGUAUUGUCCUUCCCCAGGGCCAAUAUCUAGUUGCAGUUGUCUACGAUAGGCUGCAGGUGAAUAUGGACAUACGUACAGAGUUGGUAUUAGUACGGUUACGAGAUUUCAAAGUAACUGACACUUUUAAGUUUAAUGAUGAUUCAGAAGUAGUUGACUUGUGUGAAAUAUCCGAGUGCGCAUUUUCAGGUAUCGCUCCGGUUAGUGACAGAAUAGAUUUUAUAACUCUAUCAUCUUCUGAUCAGUAUCCCUUGGGAUUGUUUAGAAUACAGGAUUCCAAAAUAAAACUAAGGGAGAAAUGUGUGAUAACAGGUUUACGGAUAACUAAAGAUGUGAAGCUACAAAAUAUGACUCAAAUUCAUCCAGAUGAUAGUAGUGACAAUGAUAAUGACAAUCAUUUAGUCUUGAUGAUAUCCGGCACGGUCUUGGUUGCGGUUGACUUGAUAUACGACGGGCAAUAUAAAUGUAAGACAAGACCGAAACAUUAUACUACAGUUCCAUCUUUUGCUGUGAGUCAAUCGUUUGCGCAACACGAGGUGUUCAUUGCCGAUGCAAUUGAAGGAAUUUGUUGUUUUGAUAUGGUGACCUUUGCACGACAUCAAUGGCAAUUUCACUUGGAAAAGGACCGGGCCUUGUUGACGUGUAUGACUUUGACUGGUACUAAUGAUUUAUAUCUAGUCACGGGCGACACUCUGGGUAAAAUUUAUAUUGAUAUCCAUGGCAAGCUUUUCAAAAAGGUGGGUGUUGAUAUUGAUUGGGGCCAAAUCAACACAAUUGUUAAAGCAAGUGGAGGUAAUGAUAUAGUCAAAGAUUUGGCCUUCAUUGGCACUUCCUCAGGCGGAUUGUAUUUACUAGGUGAAGUCACCAAUCGAGAUUUUAUAGAGAAACUUAAAGACAUUCAACCAUGGUUGGUUCACUUUGCGCUGAACGAGUGUAUCCAUCUGGUUCUGCAAAAGGAUAUGGAAGUCGAUAAUGAUAAUGAUACUGACGAGACGCUCAUGAUGAAAGUUAUCGAUACAAAAAUAGCUAAAAAGUUCCUUGAAAUUAGAAAGUUUGAGGACAUUGAGAUGUUGGAACUUCCACAGGAUGCGGAAAAAGUCGAGGACGAUGGUGAUGAUGUGCUGGUCACCUCUGAAACUGAAAGUUUGUCAGAAUCACCAGAAUUGUCUGAGGGCCAAAUACAAGAACAAGAAAGAGAAAAAGGACAGGGACGAACGUUUGAGUCGUCUACCAAUUCACCCUGCCACCUGCCACAUUUAUCGCCUUUAUCUACGGCGCAAAUUCUUUGUCCGGAUAAUGAGUACCCUGAUUUGAUGGAUUGGAUAAACUCCGACAAGGAGUUGGAAUUCCAUGCGGAUGGCAAGCUCCACAAGUUAAGUAGUGGUGAUGGCGGAAGAAGUUCUUCAAGGAUCCAAAGGGCUUACAUAGAAUACGUAAACUCGAAUUACAAAACGGUGGAAAACUUAUUGUCGAGUUUAAACGAUACAGAAAAUGAUUAUUUGCGUUCCCCCUCAAUUGGUGUGAUUUCCAAACUGGUGAGCAAUAGCAACAACAACAACAACAACAACAAUGAGUCGGUAAUGAUAGAUGAGGCUUUCCAAGACAUUGUCGACCACUUAACUAUUUUUGCCGAGCAACCUGUCGAUAAUAUCGAGGAUAUGACGGAGAAGGAAAAGUUACGCGAUGUACUUUCAAUUUUGAAGUGCAUUGCAUCGACGUAUUUUUAUGGAUACGUGAGAAGAAAACCAGAAAUGGUAAUCGAUUGGGUUAACAACUUUGAUCCCGAGCCCUCGAGUGAAUUGAUUAACGAAAUAAUGGUUGAUCACGAAAACAGUUAUAUGCACCCUCUCUUUUGGAAUAGUUUGGUUUGUAAAAUGGUUAGUAGAGGCUUAUUCCAGCAAGCAGAUGAAGUGAUACAACACUCCAAUUAUGAGGAGCUCGAAGAGUUAAAUCCUUUCUUAUUUUGCGCAAUUAAAGACAUUAAGAAUUUAUUGACCACCUAUACAUCAUAUGCAUUAAAGGGACAAUUCCCACAAUGGAAGUUGCUAGCCUGUGAAUUUAGAGACUCAUUGUCUCUGCUGAAAAAUGAUACAAGUCAGGUUGUUGAGAAUGCCCAUCACAGAAUCAUGCUCACACAAAUCUAUGACAUUGCCUGUGUAAUGACGGGACUUCCAAGAACCAUCGCUAUAUACAGUAACACCUGGUACGAUGUGUACCUUGCAUUAUGUUUGUACCAAAUACGGGACAACGACCAAGUUUAUGAGAAUUUUUUUCGCACUGCAGUAACGGAAAAGCCACCACCACCGCCACCGCAGUCGUUGUCGUUGUCGUUGUCGUCGCCUGAUACAGACGGCAACCUAGAAGAUCGAACCGAAUUAACCUUUAUCAAUAUUCUUGAAGAAAACCUAAUGAAGGUGAUGGAGACAAUUUUUAGCUUGAGCCCUGCCACGGCGUCCUAUGUGGCUAUAUUGAUGGAAUUGAAGGGCUUAUUCAAGAACUAUUACUUUGGUAAUAAAGAAGACAUUGCUGGUAACAUUUUAAACAAAAAGUUGAUUUCAGAGUACUUCCUUUUGUGUCAUGCAUACAACUGUUUAAACGUGUAUGAACUAGUUCCUGUGGGAGUUGGAAUAUUGUCCAACGAAUGGGUCAAUUCUAGACCCGAAAGCCGUGAGCAUAAUUGCAACACAAUAGCCAACUUUCUUCCAAAUUACAAUGUAGGUUCCAAUAACGAUCUAGAAUGGGCCUUGGCUAUUUGCGCAGAUUUAAAUUUAACAUCAACGGCGCGGGAUUUAUACUUUCAAGCUGGUGUACAAGCAUUUGAUGACGGUUACUUGUACGAGGCGUUAAAUCAUUUUGUGAAUUGUUACGACCCUCUCAAAGUAUCGGGCAAAUCCCAUCAAGAAGGAUUGCAAAAAAUCCACUACAUUGUGUGGGAAGUGCUUUUCACGGACUGCAUUGUCAACAAUAGUCCCGUUAGAGAUGAACUUAUCAAUAGUAUUAUUGACCAAAAAGUUGAUCUAGAAUUGCAUCCUAUUAUUCAGCAAUGCAUCUCGCCUUAUGCAGUCUUGAAGGAGUUUUAUGAUUCAUUGAGUGACUCGAGUAUCAAGGUAGCAGCCAAACUUUCCAAAAUCAUUCACUUGUUGAAAUUUCAGUUUUUACCAAAGAAAUUUUGCCCACUAUUGUUGAGUCAAUUUCUUCCAUUUCUUUCACCAGAUCUGAAACUUCGAUUGCCUGACCUUCUUAUUAUGGUAGAGUUGAUUGAUAAUUUCGAGACGGAAGCGUCGGACGAGGAAAAGAGGGAGGGAGAACAGCUUUAUACAUACUCAAUAAUGGAACAGGACCAAGAUCUUUUAAAUGAGCAUGACUGGAGAAAGAUAGUGGAACCGAUUCCACCCAACGUCGAAUCUCUUGUAUUGGCGUUAAGAUGUAAAACAAUUACAAAGAUUGGUCAGAUUUUUAUAGAGUAA